GUUCAUCGCUAAUUGUGCACGCUGCUGAUUAUCUAACCCUCGUCUGUGCGCCGUGGUUUAAUGUUCUGCGAGUGAGCCGCUGCUUUUCAAUCUGAAAAUACAUUUUGUUUGGAAACAUGAGUGCUGCAGGAGGAACCCCUUACAUUGGCAGUAAGAUAAGUUUGAUAUCCAAGGCACAGAUUCGCUAUGAGGGUAUACUGUCCUCUGUCGACACUGAUAGGUCCACGGUUGCUUUAGCCAAAGUUAAAUCUUAUGGGACAGAGGAUCGGCACACAGACAGACCAGUGCCGCCAAAAGAUGAAAUUUAUGAAUAUAUAAUCUUCAGAGGUAGUGACAUCAAAGACAUUACCGUGUCUGAACCACCAAAACCACACCAUGGACUGCCUCGUGACCCUGCUAUCGUACAGUCAUCCAUUGGCAGCUCCUCUGCUGCGUAUCACCCACGCUGGAGUCCAUACAGGGACAUGAUGCCCACCUACAACCAGCUGGCUGCUAGUUCCCUACUCAACCAGCAGUACAAUGCAGCACUGGGUUUAGUACCAGGACUUCAUGGUAUCCCAGCCAGAAGAGCUCCUAUGGUCGAGCAGGCAGUGCAGACUGUGCCAUUUGCCGCUGCUGCCCAGAAAAAGGAAAAGACCUCCACCCCACCACAGAGCAGGCAGCCUGUUCGUCCAACCCAGCGCUCUGGCCGGGGUGGCUCACAGGUUCAGAAGGAGAAUGUACCAACCAGCCGGGCACCAUCUCAGCAGAUUGCAGCCAAGAUUCAAGGUCAAAGCACUGAGAACCAGAAACAAAGGCAAAAACAAGGCAGUCGCAGGUCCAGGAACAGAAGCAGAGGCCAACUUCUUGUGAAAAACUCGAAGGCCACAACUUUGCAGUUUGAGUCAGAUUUUGAUUUUGAAACUGCAAAUGCUCAGUUUAAAGAUGAUCUCACAAAGCCGGUUGAAGUUCAAAAGGUGGACUCUGGAGAGGUCCAGGAGAGCCAGGGUAUGCAGGACGAUGAAACUCUGGGAGACAAAUACUAUGACAAAACCAAAUGCUUCUUCGAUAACAUCUCAUCAGACCUUAAGCCCAGAAGAACCACCUGGGCAGAGGAAAAAAAGUUGAACAUGGAAACAUUUGGAGUUCCCGGGCGCUUCCUGCGAGGCAGAGGAUUCAGGGGCAGAGGACGUGGUGGGCAGAGCACCACUGAGCAGCGACCCCUCCCAAAAAUUGGUAGUGGGAGGGUGUGAAGGCUUUUCUUUGUCUUUUUGUUAACAUUUUCUGUAAAUAUUGUAGUUUUCUACUUAUUUAAAAAGUACCUCCCCUUUUUUCCCCAUUUGAAGCAAAGCGUUUUGUUUUUUUGUUUUUUUUUCCCCUUUAUUCCAAAUAUACAUUUAGGAAUUACAGCUUUAUUAUAUUAAAUGGGAGAGCAAUUUCUUUUAAUUGAGCAGCUGUAUGCAUUGAUUAAUUGGUAGUUUGGUAAAAUGCAUUGUGGAAUGUCUUGACGGGGCCAGCAGGCAGGUAACCUAGUUUGUUUAGUUUCGUUUUGCUUUUUCUAAAUGUAUAAAAUUCUUAUCUACUUGACUGUCCAUAUGCAUCUCCAAAGUUUUUGGAGGACAGCUGUACUUUUCUUUUCCCCUUCUUGUAAAAUGAAAACUGUGGAGGACUUUGUAACAGUUGCUAUUAAAUAACAUGAUUAACAGA